AUGAAAUACUUCUUAGAAAACCUUCUUAUUCCAUAUUUGAAAGAUAUACUACUAACUCCUCUGUUGCUUAAAAUCGCUAUUAAACAUUUGCAAAACACAGAAAAUUUAGAAUCCUUAAAAUCUAUAAAUAUAAAUGGUAGAGUAAAGACUCUUAAAAAGGAUCAGGAGCUAAUUUUAUUGCCAAGUAAUGCAUAAAUUUUUUCUAAAUACAAAGUUUUAGAAUUUUUCAUGAGUUAAUGUCAUACUAAGAGAAAAUAAAAAAAUGAAACCUCGGACUUGCAAAUUUCUUUUGAAGAAUUUUAGAACAAUUUAAAAUUAACUUGUUUAAAUGAUUUAAAUGAACAAUCAUAAUUAUAAUCCCUGAUUCUGAAAAAUAAUUAGGAAGGCUUUAGUCUUGAAAUUUCAGAAUUAAGUUCCAGUACUAAUAGUAAAUUGAUUACUUUCAAUAAUAACUAAGUUUAAUUUCUUCAUUAAUAAAUUCUAGAUUUCUUUAUUGCUUAAAAAAUUCUAAAAUAUUUACAGGUGAAAAAUGAGAUAACUAACUUCUUGAAUAAUGAAUAAGUUAAUCUAUCAUAAAAACAGAAUGAAUAGGUUGUUGAAUUAUUAAUUGAUCGAUUGAAAAAUGAUGAAUUUAGAAAAAAAAAUCUCAAAGAAGUCUUAAAGUUGUCAAUAAAUGACAAAUCAAAAGUUAGAGCAUCAUCGAAUGGAAUAUUUUUAUUAUCUAAAAUGGGAGCUUGUUUAGAAAAUGAGAAUUUUAAAGGCAUUAUAAUUGAAAAUACUAGUAUGAUAGGAUUGAAUUCGAUUAAUUGUGACUUUACAGAAUGUAAAAUUAAAAACGUUGAUAUAGAUUUCUGCAAUCUUAAUUGUUGCAAAUUUAUGAAUUCGGAAUUUUAAAAUGCUUCAUGUUGUGAAUUUCCAGAAAUAUAAGAAAAUGAAGAAGUCUUACAAGUUAUCUCUUUUAAAUAAGAUCAACAGUUAGCUGUACUAAAACAGAAUGGGAAGGUAAACAUUUGGAAUGUAGAAGCAGUAGAGAGGGAUGUAGAAAUUGAGAACAUUAUUAAGAACAAAUAUAAAUAGAUAAUAAUUUCAAAAGAUGAUUCUACAUUGAUUGCACUAACAGAUUAUUAGAUAGAGUUCUGGAAUUUAAAUAAAUAUGUUUCGACAGCUCACAUAAGCUUUAUAAGUAAAAGUAAAUAUAUGUUUCUAUCGCCAGAUAAUACCUUAUUAAUAUGCAAUAGUUAGAAUUAGGAUAUAGAAAAAGUAAAAUACACUCAAAGUGAUUAAAUAUGGAGAAAAUAACAAAUACCUUUAUCACUUAAGUAAGAUGCAGUAUAAAUGGCUAUUAACCAUUCGAAUGAACUCUUAGUUGUUAGAAAUACAUCAAAUUAAAUAAAAUUUUUCAACCUUUCCACAUCUAAUGAAAUUAUAAUAACACAACAAAUUUCUGGGAAUGCAUUUACAUCUACAGCAGAUGGAGAAAGAUUAAUAAUAUAACAUAAAAAUUAAAUUGACUUCUAUUAAUUUGAAAUAUCUAAUGGAACUUUAAAUUAUUUAAAGCAUUUUAAUAUCUCUAAAUUAGAAAAUCCAAAAGGAUUGUAUAUAUGUCAAAAUUCUGAGAUUAUAUUAAUUCAAGGUCAGAAUCAAACUAAAAUUUUCUAUGAAAGGACACAGUAAUUGUAAUAACUCCCAAAAAGGUUUUAUGGAGAAAAUUCAGUUCUUUCUAGAAAUGGAGAAAUCUUCAUUAAUUGGAAGGAUAACAAAGUGCAGUUAUGGGAUUUGAAAUCUUUAAAUAAAACAAAAUAAAAAGAAGAAAUAGAUGAUUAUGUAAAAUGUUGUUAAUAUUCUCCUGAUGGUUAAAAAUUAUUGAUAGUUUCAUCUAAAAAGACUUUAUUUUAUAAUAUAGAUUAGAAAAUAUACCAUUGGAUUUUUGAAUCAAUUUAUUCUUUUUGUUUUCAUCCAACAAAGGAAAUUUUGGUGACUUUUUCAAAACAAGGAUUAAAAUUUUGGAGGAUCAAUACUGAACAUUAACUUAUAUCAUUGCCAAAAUUUGAUAUAUUUUAAGAAUUUGAAGUACAAAAAUUGAUAUUCUCAUAAAAUGGUGAAUGGUUGGUUUUUUGUAAUAAGAACAUUGUAAGCAUUAUGAACGUAUUAAAAGUUCUUAAGGUUAGUAAUUAAAUUGAUUAACUCGAGAACAUUAUAUAAAUUCCUGGGUUUAAUUACAAUGAGAAAGACUAAUUCAACUUUAGUAAAAAUUUGUUGUAAUAUAGCUUCGAUAAUUAAUAACUUCUUAAAUUCAAUCCUCAGGAACAGAAGUGCGAAAUUUUAUAAAAUUUUGAUUCAAAUUGUGAAGCUUAAACCUUUUCUCCAACAGGUAAAUAUAUUGCGUAUGGAGAGAAAAGUGAAAAAAAAAAUUUUAUAACAUAUAAAGUUUAACAUGAAAUAAAUGCAAUAUACUUUUCUAAUAAUGAAAAAUAAUUAUAUUUUGUGACAUAAAAACAUACUGAAAUAUAAAUUUAUUUUAUUUUAGAAAGAAAUAGUAUACGAAUGCUUUAAUAAAUGCAAGUAAUUAAAUCACAUCGAAUAAUAAGAUCUCUUUCGCUUCAUCCUAAAAAUGUUUAAUUUUUAGUGGUAGGUAAAAGUGGAGAGAUAUUGUUUUAUAAUAAAAAAUAGGAUUAGAAUGAAUAUGAAAUGUGUGUAAAAAUGGGUGAGUCAGAUGAAUUAUGUUCUUUAAAUAGUGAUAUAUCUUUAUUAAGAAUUACUUCUAAUAUUAAACAACAGAAUUUACGUUUAUUAUUAUUAUAAAAAGGAGCCAAAACUUAACCAAUUAAUGCCUGA